AAUUACAAGGUGAUCCAAUUGAUAUUUCAAUUGAAAAAUGUAAAAUCGCUGCAAAAGAAAGUUGAUGGACCAGUAUUAGUUGAAGAUACAUGUUUAUGUUUUAACGCAUUAAAAGGAUUACCAGGACCAUAUGUAAAAUGGUUUUUAGAUAAAUUACAACCAGAAGGUUUAUAUCAAUUAUUGGAAGGUUGGACUGAUAAAUCUGGCUAUGCUUUAUGUAAUUUUGCUUUCUGUGAAGGUCCAGGUCAUGAACCAAUUGUAUUUGAAGGUAUUACCAAAGGUGUUAUUGUUCCUCCACGUGGUCCACGUAACUUUGGUUGGGAUCCAGUGUUCCAACCAGACGGCUUUGCUGAAACUUAUGCUGAAAUGGAUAAAUCUAUAAAGAAUACAAUUUCACAUCGUACAAGAUCUUUAGAAAAAGUUAAAGAGUAUUUAAAAUCCAGAAACUAUUCAGUUGAUGCCUAA